CCGGAUAAGCUUCUGACCGAGCAAAACCCACCGAUACCUUUCGUCCUUCCAGUCAAUUCAUUAACUGGCGCCGCUUUCGCCGACGCAGGGUUCCAGCCGGCUCCCCUCGCCCUUCCCCGUCCCCUCCGGAAGGCUGCAGCAACCACGGGACCGGAGGCAUCCGCCGCGCGCUACGUAGCAUGGCGCGCGCCGCGACCCUGCGGGGCCUGAUCGGCAUUGCGGCGGCAGGCGGGCGCCGCGUGCGCUCGUGCGGCCAGCGGUGGGACGCCGGCUGGCGCGCGUUCCGGGCGGGGGCCUCUGGGGGCAGGGCGGCUCCCGGCUCCUCCUCCUCCGCCUCGGCGCGACGGCAGGCGCAGCCGCUGCGCGGGGCGGCGGCGGGGGCGGGCAACAACGACUGGGUCAGUGGCGGAUUCAAGAGUGAGGAUGGUAAGCUGACCUGUGGAUAUUCAAGCUAUAAAGGGCGGAGAUCUACUAUGGAGGACUGCUAUGACAUUAAAUUAACUGAAAUUGAUGGACAGCCAGUUAACCUGUUUGGUGUAUUUGAUGGUCAUGGAGGAAACCUUGCCGCCGAAUAUCUGAAGGAGAAUCUGUUCAAAGACCUUAUGAAGCAUCCUGCGUUCCUGACAGACACAAAGCUUGCUAUAAGCAGAACAUUUCUUGAAACUGACAAAGAUAUCUUAGAAACAAUAUCAAUAUCCGGUUUAUUUAGAGAUGAUGGUUCGACAGCUUUGGCUGCCAUUCUGAUUGGCGAGCGUCUAUAUGUAGCAAAUGUUGGUGAUUCACGUGCUGUUGCUUCAAAAUCUGGCAAAGCUAUCCCACUCUCGAAAGAUCACAAACCAAACAGGAAAGAUGAGCGAAAGCGAAUUGAGGAUGCUGGAGGUGUUGUUAUUCGGGAUGAUACAUGGAGGGUUGGUGGAAUACUAGCAAUGUCCCGUGCAUUUGGCAAUCGUCUGUUGAAGCAGUAUGUGAAAGCAGACCCUGAUAUUCAGGAACAAGAGGUCAACAGUGACUUGAAAUACCUUAUUCUUGCUACCGAUGGGCUUUGGGAUGUUGUGCGAAAUGAGGAGGCUAUUUCCCUAUUGAAAGCGGAAGAUGGACCUCAGGCGGCAGCCGUGAAGCUGACGGAAAUUGCCUACUCUCGGCAAAGCACUGACAACAUCACAUGCAUCGUUGUGCAAUUUCACCAUGACAAAUCGUGGGGUAGUAAGGCUGAGAGCAGUAGUUGAUGCCUGGUGGUAGUGAAAUUUUGUAACGUGUAAGCCUCAAACCAUAGUUGAUUUCCUUGAUCUGCGGCUCUACAAGACUUGAGCAACCCUAAAAGAGAUUUGUCAAGAUGUCGAUUCGUUCUUUUGUUCUGUAGGAAACAUAUCAAGUGGUGACAGGUGAGCUCAAAUGAUAUUUCGUCAGCGUUGCUUUUACCAGCAAUACAAUGCGUUCUGGAGUGUAGACUGUA